AUGGAGUUUGUUUAUAAGAGUGGAUCGAUACUAGACAAAGUGGAAGGCCAGGGAGAAGUAGGUGGUGCUUCUCAAGCUUUCCCUCAGCGAAGGCAACAAGAGACACCACGACAAUACCCAAACAAAAGUAGCUACAAUGAACCUUUGUUAAGCGACAACGGCAGUAGAAACCGAGGUAGCAGAGGCCGGGCCCCACAGCGAUGGGUACCCCCAAGUGCUGGUCACAGACCUGAGUUUUCCCUAGGGCAGGAGAGACACAACCACAUCUUCAGACGUGUUAGAGGGAUUUUAAACAAGCUGACCCCAGAGAAGUUUGACAAGCUCUGCCUCGAACUAAUCAACAUAGGAAUCGACUCCAAACAAGUCCUCAGUGGGAUCAUUCUUCUCAUAUUCGACAAAGCCUUGGAAGAACCCAAGUACAGUACAGUGUACGCUCAGUUAUGUAAACGCCUGGAUGAGGACGCACCUAGCUUUGAGCCCCCGGGCUCUAACGGCAGAACUUUCCGACGGCUUCUCAUCAACAAAUGCCAGGAUGAGUUCGAAAACAGAACUCAAGCUUUUGCAGCCUUUGACAACAAAAAUGGAAGCCUCACACAGGACGAGGAGGAACAACGACACAUUACCAAACAGAAGAUGCUGGGAAACAUUCAGUUCAUCGGUGAGUUGGGCAAACUCGACAUGCUCCACGAGUCGAUUCUACAUAGGUGCAUUAAACAGUUGCUUUUCAAGCGUACCAACGAGUCAUUUCGAGAGAAGGCGGAGGACCUCGAGUGUCUGUGUAAGAUAAUAAAUACAGUGGGUCGAAGACUUGACCAUGACAAGGCACGGUCCUGGAUGGAUCAAUAUUUUGACCGUAUGUACCGUUUUUCCGAGAAUCCGGAGCUGCCAGCCCGAAUUCGCUUCAUGCUGCAGGAUUGCCUGGAGCUACGUCGCAACAACUGGCAGUUUCGUCAUUCUCUGAUCGUACAAGGACCACGGACAUUACGCCAAAUCCAUCAGGAAGCCUAUAAGGACGGCGGCAUGUCGCAUGACGGCGGUCGUUCUUCUCAUGGUGAUUUCUUUGGCCCACUGAACGGUGAUCGAGCUAUGCAUGGCACUUGGGACAUGCGAGCUGGCGCAAUGAAUGAUAUCUUUCUACAGGACACAAUGUCUGGAAAAGUUGGAACGGGCCCCGGCACUAUUGAGAUGGAGCCAUUUUCAAACUACAUGAUGCAACAACAGCAACAGAUGAGAAAUCCACAACGAAAUAUGGAUCGUCAAAACCAAGGAUACCAGGGGAAUUACAACAACCAGGCGCCGCGUCUUCAUAACCAGAUGUACCAGCAGGGACAGGGGAUGAACAAGGACAAUGGUGGAGGAGGAGGAAGGGAUGGAGGAGGAAGGGAAGGAGGAGGAAGCGGGUACCUCAAUCAGAGACCCUCUAUGCCCAGCCAGCGGGAUAAACCUCAACGUAUGGGCAAGGUCAACUCGGAUCAGUUUAAUCUUCGCAUGAACUCGGGCUCGAUGAUGUUAAAACCACAAGGCCCCAGUAUGACGUUCCCCAGCACCAAGAAAACCCAGUCUCAACCACAGAGCCUCGCCCCUUCCAAGCCGACCCCGCCCCAACAGGCCCCGCCCGCUAACCUGCAGUCUGGCUUUCCGCCACUGGCUUCUAAACAGAGUACCGGGCAGGAGAAAGCUAAACAGAGCAAGAAGCAGGCACCGAGCAAGGAAGAGUUGAUUAAAUCAAUGGAAUCUCUGCUUGAGACCUACUUGACCUCUGAUGACCUGACCGCGGCAACCGACGGCUGGAAGGACCUGCGAGUACCAGCGGAGCACGUCUCUUCGUUGAUGUGUGAAUUGAUGACCAACGCUGUCGCCAAGGGAGACGCUGAACGGGAGAGCGUCAGCAAACUCAUCACGGCGUUGAAGCAGCAGAGCCUGAUCACAUCACUGCAGUUUGUGGAUGGGUUCACAUCUCUCCUUGAGCAUUCGGCCGAUCUGGAAGCCGAGGUUGCCUUCAUUAAAUCCCACAUGGCGAGUUACGCGGCCAGGGCGAUCAUGGACGACGUCGCCUGUCUGGGAGACAUCGCUAAGCCCUUGGAGUCUGGCGCCUAUUAUCCACUGUUCCUCCUAUGUCUUCAGAAGUUGCACAAGAUGCAGGAUAAGGAGUGGCUGGUCAAUCUCUUCUGUGCCAGCAAGGUGAAUAUGAUGUUAAUGCUCCCUGAGAUCGACCAAAGGAAGGAGCGCAUGAUGGACAUUCUUGAGGACAAGGGUCUGAGCUUUUUGUUUCCGCUGUUGAGAGUACAAUCGGACAUCUGGAAGCAGAUUACGACCGACCCUAACCCGGCGAGCCUCUACAAGUGGAUCCGAGAUAACAUUCCGGCCAAGCUUCACACCGACAAGGGCUUCAUCAACGCACUCGCCACCAGCAUCAUCAAGUUUGUGACUUCUCAGACGACCCUCGCAUCGGGGGUUGACCACGCCCUCGCCCCAGAGAAAGCCCUCGUUGACAAAGAGCGCAACCUGCUGGAGAAAUUCAAACCUGUCCUGCAGAAGUUCGUACACGAGAGCGUCGCUUUACAGCUUAGCGCCCUCUAUGCUCUGCAGGUGCACUGCUUCAACAGCGAGUUUCCAAAAGGCAUGCUGUUGCGAUUCUUCGUCAACUUCUACAAUCUUGAGGUGAUCGAAGAGGAGGCUUUCUUGAAGUGGAGAGAGGACAUCACAGAUGAACACCCAGGCAAAGGAAAGGCUCUAUUUCAGGUAAACCAAUGGCUGACGUGGCUGGCCACAGCAGAGGAAGAGGAGGACUCUGAAGAUGAGGAACUAGACCAAUAAAUUAUUGUAGUAAGUGAUAUCAUUGUUUAGUCUGGUAACUUGGCAGUCUGUAACAAUACACAGAAGAGGGUUCUACACGGGUUCUAGCCGAUUUAGGGUUUAUUAAAAACAAAUUAAAAACAGAGUUCGAUUGAAACUUUUCGAGAAGCUGCUCAAUAAGAGCUUUUUCAAGAAAACUUAAGACUUGAGGUUUUGAAUAACAUGUGUGUCAAAAGUCGUCGAGCAGAAUUUUUCCCUGGAGAAUUUCUAUUUUCUUAGCAGAAAUGAAAGGGGGACCAGUCAGAAAUGGUGUAUUUCACAUGGCUUUUAGCAAUGUUUAGCAGUUUCUUUCUUAGCAGAAAAUUGUUUCAGCGCUAAAGCAGCUCUCCACGAUUGGGUCUCGGUUGUUGAAAUCAACUCUUGUACAUUUCUAAGAAAUGACAAAAUAGUUUAUACCAAAAAGUCCUAAUUAUUAAAACUGUCUCCCUGCCAGUGCUUAAGAAUACAUGUCUUCUUCAUGUUCUUCCACUGGUACCAGGGCCAGAUGUUCCUAAAGCCUGUAAGCACAAAAAACUUGCCGAGCACAGAAAAGUAUUGCUUAACAGAAACACGUUAUCAGCCAAAAUUACAUUAACUUCUCGUUGUUGUGGCUGGGUGCCCCACGCACAUUUUGCUCAGCAAAGCGAUUUCUAGACAUAGUUUGAGUAUUGGAGCGUAGACGCACAGCCGGAUGCCCUUCAUGACACCAACCGCAAGACGACUCCUACGUCACGCUGUGGUGUGAGGAGCGAUGAGUCAAGUAGAAUUUUCUGCUAAACAGCUUUAUGGGCCCUGGCCAGUGUAUGAAAAUUCCUGAAAUUGCCAUUUCAUUUUUUUUUGUACUAAUGGAGGUCAACAAGUGGUAUAGUUUAGCGUUGACUUCAAAAGUUUUAGGGCCAAAGCCAAAGAUCUGAAUCGUGUGUUUUUGUCGUUUCGUAGUAAGAUAUGCGAUAAUUUUGAUUGCUUGAGAUAAAAAGGGAGUAUUUAGAGAGUUGAGAAACAAGUUUUUCUUUUGGACAAUGUCAUGUGCACUGACUCAAGAGUACUGGAAUUGCAUGUCUUAAAUGUGGUGCACCAGACUUAUCUAAUGUAGAUGAUUUUGGAAAUGUUACGUAGUAACCUUAAAGAAGUCUAGAACCUAGACCAUGUUUGCCCUGUAUCGUAAUGGCAUGAAGGGACCAGACUUUUUCGACAACUGUGCCUGAUCUCUCCCCCCCAAAAAGUCAUGUGAUGUUGCCUUUAGUCAGAGCCCCUGUCACAUUUAGCAUCUGCAUUUGCCAUUGAGUUGAGUCAGUUUGCCAGACAUUCAAAUGAGAUUCACGAUUAAAUACUUACUUGAAAAAACAUCCCAUCUGUUGAAUUCUGAUGGAUUCAACCCCGACCUCUGUUGGGUAAAUUUUUAGAAUCAUCAUUCCUUACUCUUAGAAAAUCCAACACCAUCACUAACUCAAACUGUUGGACACUGGUUAUGGUGGUAUGCCUGAUCCCAUGUAAAGCAUAAUCAGUUUACUACCGCAGUCCUCGGUCCCACAGAAUCAAACAAAACAUGCAGUUGGAUUUUGAGGGGUUUUGGGUAAGUGCUUUUUAAAGGCAGUGAGAGUCGUUGAAACUUUAUAAAGAUGGUAUUUGUCACGUGCUAUAAAACUCUUUUUGUUCAGAGGGAGGUCAUCUUGUACGUGGGUGAUACUUUGAAAUAAUGUUUCUUGUAAAAGUAGACACUAAAAUCAAUGGUAUUAAAAUCGAUGUAAUUAAAUGGCAUUUUGUGAUACUUUUCAUUAUCAUUGUUUGUGAAUUUCAUUCGCAUAAGAUUUAAAGGUACAGCGCUUGUUAUUCCCGGGUAUUAUUCAUUUUACUCUCUACAAAUCAAAAUAUUGAUCUGCAGCUCUUUUUGGUUCGUUGAGGCGUGCAGCAAUAUUUUUACGUAUAUAAUACAGAUCAUUCCUUAAUCAAAAUUUUACAUAUAAUGUGUAUGCCUCAAAAAAAGAGAAUGUAAAAUUUUAAAAAUUUUCUUUCAUGCAUAGCCUCUAUGUGAUAAAAAAAAAUGUCUAAACUUUAACGAUGAGCAGGCUCUACUUUUAAGGUGUAGAAAGUUAAGACGUCAACAAAAUUAAAGCGCAUUUCGUUAGAAGCCCGGAGUGUUUCUGAGAAGUGCUUAGAAAGUUGCAGGGGGCCAGUGAUAAAUAACAGACGAAGACAUGAUUUUUGUUGGCUGGUAACCAGUACAUCCCCAAUCAUGAUAUGUGUAGUAAUUUGUAAGUCAUUAAAGUUGUGUGCCCUCCACCCCCUCCCCCCCUCCACCAAACCUUUGUUCUUAGAUGUAAUAACCCACAACACAUAGAAAUGUUUGAUGUAAUGGGUUUAAACUUGUAUUUAUAUAUAUUUAUCAAUGACAAUGUGUUAUUUUAGCUGGAAGAUUUCCAAGUCACAAUGAUGCCUAGCUGAAGUAAAAAGAAUAAUAAAUAUCUGUGGGGUUUUUCCCCAGUUUUUUUUUCAGUGUCGUUCAAAACCAGGAGAAAUCAGUAGAGUUAUGCUUUAAACAAAGUGUACAACAGUUUUAAUAUUGUGAACAUUUUU